GCCUUCGUACGAGUCGUGUGUCGCUGUCGAUUCCCUCCCCGCACCCCGCCGCGCCGCCGUUUCGCCCGCAUUCUAGUCGUGGGUGUCGCGCUGUGCAGUCCUCGCGUGUGCCGCAGAACUCAGUGCGCCGUUUGUGAGUGCUUUAGUUCCCGCUCGAGUGUCAGUGUGACGGAGAAACUUGAGAUUCGCCGCGGAGGAUGUUAGCAGCGCACGAUAGCAGCUGUUGACGUCCGAAGUAGCAGCCCGCCGUCCGGCCACUCUUGUUCUCCCCCCGCUCCUCACACCCCCUCCAAGAUUGCUGCCACCAUGGGACGGAAGAAAAUACAAAUAUCACGGAUUACGGAUGAACGGAAUCGACAGGUGACAUUCAACAAGCGCAAAUUCGGGGUGAUGAAGAAAGCGUACGAGCUGAGUGUACUCUGCGACUGCGAGAUCGCUCUCAUCAUCUUCAGCUCCAACAACAAACUCUACCAGUAUGCCAGCACGGAUAUGGACAAGGUGUUACUGAAAUACACGGAAUACAACGAACCGCAUGAGUCGCUGACGAACCGGAACAUCAUCGAGGCACUCACGAAGAAAGAGCAUAAGAACGGAGUGAUGUCGCCGGACAGCCCGGAGGCGGAACCCGAGUACAACCUGACACCACGGACCGAGGCCAAGUAUUCAAAGAUUGACGAGGAAUUCCAAAUGAUGAUGCAGCGAAACCAGUUGAACGGCAGUAGGGUCGGAGUGGGCGUGACGGGCAGCAACUACAACCUGCCCGUGAGCGUGCCGGUGGGCAGCUACGAACAGUCACUAUUGCAAGCCAGUCCACAGAUGCACACUUCUAUCAGUCCACGGCCCUCGUCUUCAGAAACCGAUUCAGUUUACCCCAGUGGCGGAAUGCUAGAGAUGUCAAAUGGUUAUCCAGGAUCUGCGUCGCCGCUAGGCGCCGGCUGUACCCCUUCGCCUUCCCCCGGACCAGCACCGUCGCCGCACCGACAUCCGCACAAAUCCCACGCACACGCACCGCCACCGCACCACUCGCCUCGGAACAAUUUACGCGUCGUUAUACCCAGUUCAAUGCCACCACCGCAGGAUGAUAUAUCAUAUGCUGGGGAGACGCCACUAAGCUACUCAGGACUCGGCAACUUCGGCGGCCCGCAGGACUUCAGCAUGAGCUCGGACAUCGGUAUCGGCCUGUCGUGGGGCGCGCACCAGCUGCAGACUCUACAGCACAACAGGUACAUUUCCCCUUACAGCAGCAGUCUACCAGUGCUGGGCGGAGGGACGCCGCCGCCUGCCGGCUCGCCCAACAGCGUGAAGAUCAAAGCGGAACCCGUGUCACCUCCUCGAGCGCCUGACCACUUGCAUCGAGGGCCGCCGGCCGCGCCGCAGCCCGCUCACUUGUCCGGUGCCAUUGAUGGUAAGUACGUUUAUCUUUCAGGAUCGGUAACGUCAAGUAACAUGGGGUCACCGGCCGGGCAGGACAUGCGGCACGCCAACACCGUCCCACUAGACUACGAGCAGCCCCACACUAAGCGGCCGAGGAUCGACGGCUGGGCCACAUAGCUAGGCUAUGAGGCCUUCGGUUCCUACCCGAGGCCCCUCCACCCGCACUGUUAGGCGCCAGCCACCUCCAGGCCCCCAGACGUGGCGAACUCCUCCAUCGAGCUUUCGGUACUAUACCGUCCUGGUCUACACAAAAUGCUCUUUUCCGCAGCAUAUUUAACUACAGAAUUUAUAUAGAGUUGAACAAGGUGCUUUGAAAAAUAUGGCACGGUCUUUAGUGGUAUUAGAUAACGGAUUCAGGCUGGAAAAGGGCAGACUAGUGCUAUUUACUCUCCCUUACAAACCUUGAUUCCCCUUAGACGUUGACUAAAUGUUCAUAUUCACUGUACCCUUCUACGAUACGUAAUUAAAUAAUGUAAUAUUGCACAUACGAGUACACUAAAGAUUAAGGUUUAAUGUUUAAAAUUAAGUACAAUAUUGUAUAGAUGCAAACCUGAUCAAUUUUAAAGGUAUCUAUGAAAUAGAUAGAUUUCUAACUACCCUUGUAUAUAGCGAAGUUAUAUGUGCAAUCCGUGCCAUUAUCUGUUUAGCUUAUAGUUGAUUAGUGGUAAUAUUACGCGAGUUGUUCUGAGGUUUGGUGCGUGGACUAAUGCGAUCAGCCGGAGGAAAUGUGGAUUAAAGACCACUGUAAUAAACUAGUGCAAGUGCGUUCCAAGACUAUAACAAAAACGACUGUUGACUUUGUGUUAGUGUUUUAAAGUUUUUUUGUGCCAUUUUAAUAUAUCAUUAGUGUGACAUCCGAACUUUGAAUCUUUGUAAAUUAAGUAAGCGUAGCGUCAUCACAAAAGAUAAUAAGUUAUGUAUUGGAUAUUGUACUUUAUCUAUUGACAUAUUUAUACAUGAGAAUCAUAAUAAUAUUUACAUAAUAUGUAUACACGUCCCGUUAGGAACGAAUGUUAUGUAAUGUAAGUAGGUAAUGUUAGCUAGAGUUGACUACUAUAAAGGUACCACACGAAGCUUUAAAAUUCUUAUGAUAACACUCGCACUCUAAGCAGUCUUGUAAGUAAAGAACACAAUUUACAUUAUAAUUUAGGACUCUUAAAGAUUCUACAAGUCAUCAUUCGGCAAUUUAUAUUACGAUACAAUAUAACUGUAAUCUAAUUUACACAGUGAAACAAAAUCACUCAAAAAUUAAUUUAGAGCACGUGCGAGCGUAUCUCAUUUCCCAGACCAAAAAUAAAGUCAAUUUUGAAUAUCGUAAAUUGUAAAACAGUACUUCUAAAGUACCCACGAUAGUAUAUUUAGUCGCUAUAAUUGGUUACUAGUAAAAGGAAAGCUUGUUGUUAGUAAAUUAUUAUUUUGUUAAUGUGAUCUGAAGUGUUGCAUUAGAAAUCCUGUUUGCAUCAAAUGUAACCUCUGCAAAGAACUACAAUACUAAAUGUAAAGUUCUCAGCUUUAAUCAUACACAGAAAUAUAUUUAUCACUAAAAAUCAUAACAUAUUUUCGUAAAGCACUAUAAAAUCACAUAACGCCCUAUUUUUAGAUAAUGUUGUAUCAUUUAUAAUAAAAAUCGAUUUUUGUUGUAAAUCAUGAACAAAUAAUAUGUCCUAAGGAAAGCAUUUGUUACCCAAAUAUGAAUUUCCAAUUUUCAUGGCCCUUUUUAUUUCAUACCAUUUUAACUGUAGACCGAUUCUUUAACUCGAUAGUUGACUUUCGGUACAAUUUAAAAUCCAUAGUAGUGGGCAUCCCAAGGAAGGAUAUAGACUACUUUUGUGUCCCGGAAAUCAAAGAGUUUCUACGGACGUAGGUAGGUACUUACUGUUGCAAAAUUUAUGUUAUACCUACUUAGGUUAGAGGUCUGACCGAUUAAUAGCCUAAAUAUGGCAGAAAUCCCUUCUACAAUGCUUUGAAGGUGACGUUGCUUCCCUCCUUUGAAAAUUGCUCAAAAUAAUAUUGCUAAUGGCCUUCAGAUUUAGUCAACUAUCGAAUUCCUUAACCUAAUACGUGAAUGUUUUUACAUAAGUUACUUAAAUUGAGUCAGUUGCCAAAACCAAGAAAUUACUAAAAAUUGAAAUCAAACUUUACACAGAUAUAUUUUUGGAAUAGAAAACUGCUUUAUAUAUU